AUGGAAAACCUCCAGAGCCCCCUGGAACACGACAGCCAGUGGUUCCCACGCGUGCGGCUUUAUAUUUACUCAGCAGUGUUCAUUUACGUGUUCGGGCAGAUUUGGGUCUAUCCAACAUUUGUCAGUCCCUUGCGCCAUCUCCCGACUAUCAAAUACUCUCUCUGCGCCUUGAAAGUCGGAUAUGACCGCAGGCGGCCUCUACAGUGGAUGCGAACGCUACCAAACAGCGGCCUGAUUCACAUCUACGACAGCCUUCUUGGUGUUGGGUUUGUUUUCCCCACUACCUACGACGCAACAAAAGAUGUGCUCAACAACUCGACGGGCUUCGAAAAGCCACCUUUGCUGCGCCGAAUCCUUAGCCGCAUACUGGGCGAUGGACUUGUUGCCACAGAAGGCCUGCAGCACCAACAAUACCGGCGUCUCCAGAAUCCCGCCUUCGCAGCAAAGAAUGUCCGCCAGUUGCACGACAUUGUCUGGGCCCAAGCGACUCUCCUUCUCCAGCAGUUGCAGCAGCAGCUGGAUACGAACCCCCAACCGGUCAAUUUGUCCGACUGGGCCCAUCGAUUUUCCCUCGAUACCAUCGCCCUCCUUGCUACUGGACACAAUAUGGGUGUCCUCGUCAAGCCAAACAAACUCUCUGCCAUGCUCUAUUCAGCCACUGAGCCGUCGAUUUCCAAGCUGUGCAUGUUUUUUACCUGGGUCUUUACACCCCGGCUAGAGUGGCUAAGAUACGCUUCACUCAUACUUCUGGGGGUUAUCAGGCAGGCUAAGUUGCCCACUUUGAAGGUGACGACGAAACACGAAAACCAGUAUCUCCUUUCUGCGGUGUUAGGUAGCCCGGAGCUAUCGGAUGAAGAGAAACUCGACCAGUUGUUGACAACGGUAUUUGCAGGUAACGAAACAAGCAACAACGCCAUCGUUCGUUGCUGUGAUCUACUUUGUCGGAAUCCCGCCCUUCAAGAGCGGCUGCGCGAUGAAAUCCGUGCAUUUAUCCCUUCUCCUAGCCAGAAGACUGCGUCAGCCGACCAGGUCGAAUCGUUAUCACUGCUACAUGGCGUGGUUGAGGAGGUCUUGCGAUUAUAUCCCACAAUACCCACCACGCUCCGAGUCGCUCUCCACGACACUUGCAUACAGGGAAUGCAUAUCCCGAAAGGCACAAACAUAGUGGUUGAUUUUCACGGGUUGAAUAGAGAUAGAGCCGUCUGGGGCCAGGACGCUGAUGCCUUCAAGCCUGAACGUUGGCUGGAUGGCGAUCGCCGCCUCGUCACCCACCACGGCCAAACGCACUUGAGCUUUUCAUCGGGUGCUCACAACUGCAUUGGUAGGGAGGUCGCCCGGGCGACAAUCCGCUGUGUGAUCGUGGCCCUUGUUGGUCGCUUUGUCAUGGAACUUGUGCAUCCCGAACGCGAGAUUCAGGAGGCUGGCGCUUCCGCUAUGCGUUCUAUACACAAAGUCGAGAUUAAACUCAAGCCAAUUGAGGGGUGGUAG